UGGAAAGCGGUUUCGUCGCCAAACAUCUACUCCCACAUAAACAAAGCAUUGCCUCAGCGGUCGCGCUUUUUAUCAACAAAGUCGCGCUUUGGCGCGACGACAACUCGGUGUGUUUCAGUUUCGUUUUCUGUUUCUCUGUGACUUGGUGACUGUGUCUUUUUGUUUUUCUGUUUUGGUGGCUUUUCCGAUGGAACUCAAGUCGGCGAGGAAUCGACACUAGAGUGUCGUGACUUCAGCGGCUAAAAAAUUUACCACCGUGGCUGGUGAGUGUGUGUGUUUCCCACACAUGCCUAGGCUUCGCUAUGAGCUACUCGCAAGGCAAGGGGCGUUUGUACCCCGCGUACAGCCUCAGCGGGUCUGAGGGCGAAGACUCUCCCCGAAGAUACGGAUCUCAACACACGUACCAACAUCCCCUUUAUCAACAACCAGCCGGCCUCAGCGACACCCCAACCUCGGAAAACGCCUCGGACGCCACCCUCACGGACUCGGAACUAGCUCUAGCUAGGGAUUCCACACUGCUCGUGCAUAACGGUUGUCUGCUGGACGGCGCUCCACGUCCACCAGAUGUUCCACCUCGGAACCCCACCAUGAAUCGGUUAAAUGGGCGCCUAGCCACGGCUCCACCGGCCGAUCCUACUCAAGAUUUCGAACCCUCUUGUCUCGUGCGGACGCCUUCCGGAAAUGUGUACAUACCAUCAGGAACGCUAAAUCACCCGAAGAACUCGACGAUUGACUACAAGUCGAACUCGUCUUGCAGUAGCCCUUCGAAAGAUAUGAAGAAUUCGGACAGAUGCGGCAUCCCAUAUGGUGCCCAGGUACCUGUCCUACCCGUCCGAAAUAAUUUACGCCGCCCCAAUUCGAGUCAUUUUCCCCAAGCUAGCCGAUUCCAUUUCAGAAAAGGUAUAGCCUCGAAAUGCACGUGGAAAUGUACGGCUAUUGUGUGCAUCAUGCUGUCGGUCGUUUUGACAGCUGCACUCACAUAUAUCUCAGCUUCGAGUGUACUGAAUUGGUCGUAUCAGAGCACGAAACCCUGUUCGGUACUCGUCGGCGAAAACACUCAAUUCGUGCCACCAUCCAAAACUGCCACUUCUGAAACUAACCUGUCGACUUCGACCAGGCCUAAAACGUCUUCUUCUGGAGGUAAUUUCCUUGCACUUGUCUAUUCGCGAAAACGUAGACAAGUCUAUAACCCACCGCAUGCUUUUGUGUUGUCAAAUACCUCAGACUUGACCACUGUCGAUUUUCCCAGUUUGAGUACCACUGAGCAUGAUAUAGAUAGAGAGCAUGCUAGUACCCCCGAAUCCUUGCAUGACACAAAUGUCACUGGAACACCGCUUUCGUCUGUUACUAAUAGUCCAACAGAUGAACUCAAUCAUACGCAAAUUCAGAAAAAUAACAACGUUACAACCACAGCACCUCCAGACCCAGAAAUUACAAAUGAUUUUGACGAUUUUUCAAAAACCACAACGACUUUACCGACCACCACAGACAAUUAUCAAUUUGAUGGAUCAGAUGAAUCCCAUAGUUUUCUAGAAACGUCUCAAUUACAAGACGAUCCAGAUUCUUUCUUUUCCGAUGUGACUUUGGAUGAGGAGACAAAAUUAGAAGUGGAAGAUCAAGCAACAGAUGACAUUAAAACACCCAUAUUUUCUUACGGGCAAGAUGAAGUCGAGAUUGUUAAAUUGAAUCAAGAACCUCUUUCAACAACAAUGAAAUCAAAAACCAAUUACUCGAUCCCGCGAGAUAAAAAUAGCGACUCGAAAGAACUGACUGAAUCAAAUUUAUCCGCGCUACCGAAUCCCGGUGCAGAUCUCCCCUUAAAGCAGGCGUCAAAUUUUAACGAUCCUUUGCUCUUGCAUGGUUUGCACAAUGUAACUAAUCCUCAGAGUGUCACUAAACAAUUCGAAGCUAAAGAAUUACCUCUGAACCCAAAAAUUCAAGUGAUCGAAGUGCCUCCAGUGGCCUCUUCUAGCUCGACUUCAAAAAGAGUUUUAGUAAACGUGACUAUAGCCACCGAUCCUGAUUCUAACAAUCCUCAUGCUACUCAAUCGGUUUACGUGCUGUCUGUGUCCGUGCCAACCGACGAUGGCGUUAACCAAGCCACUAAACACAGCUUUCAAAAAGAAGAGGGUGAUAAAAGAACCACCCAAACGCCCGAUGAAAAACGCGACGGGCUUUGGGGUGGCGCGUGUGAAUGUUCUUGCCCAUCAUGUAUGGAUGCGUCAAAUGAAUUUACAGAUACUAAUAAUACGGAUUACGACUACAGAGAUGAUGUGAACAAUUCAAACACUACUUCCUCUUCGGAUUUCUCGACUAGUGAAGCUUCUUCUGCGUCUGAUGUAACAGACACGACCGAAACUUCCGAAACAUGGACUUCGAGUGUUUGUCCGGAAGUUACCACCAAAUUACCUCCACCACCUACAAUACUCAUACUCGAAGGUGCUCGCACAUUCCCCGCACAAUCAUUCCCCCCGGACGGGACUACGUUUUCCCAAAUAUCAUUAGGGCAAAGACUUUCGAAAGAAAUCUCGCCUUACGGUUACUGGAACAUGCAAUUCUAUCAAUCUGAAGCGGCUUACGUCAGAUUUGAUUACAAUAUACCUCGAGGGGCAAGUAUAGGCGUUUAUGCUCGAAGAAACGCGUUACCCACACACACCCAGUACCACAUACUCGAAGUUCUUAGCGGAUUUAAAGCGCGAACGACAAGGGCGUCACACUCGUCAGUCAAAAAAGAAGUGACUCAUUACAUGGAACAAGGUCACUGGUUCUUGUCUUUGUACAACGACGACGGUGACCCUCAAGAAGUCACUUUUACGGCUGCCGUCGCCGACGAUAUGACCCACAACUGCCCUAAUGGGUGCAGCGGUAAGGGCGAGUGCCUCAUGGGUCACUGCCAAUGCAACCCCGGCUUCGGCGGCGACGAUUGCAGCGAGAGUGUUUGCCCCGUCCUCUGCAGUCAACGGGGUGAAUACAUCAAUGGUGAAUGUCAAUGCAAUCCCGGCUGGAAAGGGAAGGAAUGUCAACUAAGGCAUGAUGAAUGCGAAGUGCCUGACUGUAAUGGCCAUGGCCACUGUGCUAACGGAAAAUGCAAUUGCAUAAGGGGUUAUAAAGGGAAAUUUUGCGAGGAGGUCGAUUGUCCGCAUCCCACAUGUUCCGGUCACGGCUACUGCGUGGAAGGUUCAUGUCUUUGUAAAAAGGGUUGGAAGGGACCGGACUGCAGCCAAAUGGACAAAGAUGCCCUCCAAUGUCUUCCCGACUGUUCUGGACACGGAACCUUCGAUCUGGAUACGCAGACGUGCACCUGCGAGCCCAGGUGGUCAGGCGAAGAUUGCUCGAGAGAACUGUGCGAUCUGGAUUGCGGAAAUCACGGCCAUUGCGUGUCAGACGCGUGCCAGUGCGAUCCAGGAUGGUCGGGGGAGUUCUGCAAUCUCAAGCAGUGCGAUCCUAGAUGCAAUGAGCACGGCCAAUGCAAAAACGGGACUUGUCUUUGCGUCACGGGAUGGAACGGGAAACAUUGUACCAUGGAGGGUUGCCCCAACAGUUGUUCCUCGCAUGGUCAGUGUCGUUUCAAUACCGAUUCCAUGUGGGAAUGUCGCUGUGAUAACGGGUGGGACGGUCCCGAUUGUAGUAUUUUGUUAGAGCAAAAUUGUAACGACGGCCGCGAUAACGAUAAAGAUGGGUUGGUAGAUUGUGAGGACCCCGAAUGUUGUUCGAAUCGGUUGUGUGCAAGCAGCCAAUUAUGUGUCUCUUCACCUAAACCCAUCGACAUCUUACUAAGAAAACAACCUCCGGCAAUCACCGCGUCGUUCUUCGAGAGAAUGAAAUUUUUGAUUGAUGAAGGUAGUUUACAGAACUACGCUCGACAAGAAACGUUCAACGAGAGUAUAUUUUGGAAUCACUUCAACACAAGCCGUUCUGCUGUCGUCCGAGGACGAGUUAUAACCCAAAUGGGGACCGGCCUAAUGGGUGUUCGCGUUAGCACUAGCACUCCUUUGGAAGGCUUCACUCUCACAAGAGACGACGGCUGGUUCGACCUCCUAGUUAACGGAGGCGGUGCUGUUACUUUGCAGUUUGGAAGGGCCCCUUUCCGCCCCCAAACCCACAUUGUUUUUGUUCCUUGGAAUGAAGUCGUCAUCAUCGACAACGUCAUCAUGACAACAGGUGAAGAAAAACCCGUCACUGCGCUUCCACAGCCGUGCUCAGCUCACGACUUCGAUACUAUGAAACCCGUGGUUUUGGCUACUUGGAAACACGGCUUCCAAGGGGCUUGUCCGGAUCGCAGCGCAAUACUCGCCGAAUCUCAAGUGGUUCAAGAAAGUUUGCGCAUACCGGGAACAGGGCUAAAUUUAGUAUACCACAGUUCGAGAGCUGCGGGAUACUUAUCAACGAUUCAAUUGCAAUUAACUCCAGAAACGAUUCCACUCACUCUAAAUCUGAUCCAUCUCAGAAUUACCAUCGAAGGAAUCUUAUUCGAGAAAACUUUCGAAGCGGAUCCCGUAAUCAAGUUCACAUAUGCGUGGAAUCGCCUCAAUGUCUACCGGCAAAGAGUUUAUGGAGUGACUACGGCCAUUGUCAAAGUUGGGUAUGAAUACAGUGACUGCAAGACUAUUAUUUGGGAUGUCCAAACGACAAAAUUGAGUGGACACGAUAUGAGUAUUUCAGAAGUUGGCGGAUGGAAUCUAGAUAUUCAUCACAGAUAUAACUUCCAUGAAGGAAUUUUACAAAAAGGUGACGGCUCCAACAUUUAUCUCAAGCAUAAACCUAGAGUAAUUUUAACCACGAUGGGAGAUGGGCAUCAACGACCCUUGGACUGUAAUGACUGCGAAGGUCAAGCUUCAAAACAGCGACUUUUGGCACCAGUUGCACUUGCUGCAGCUCCGGAUGGCUCAAUUUUUGUGGGAGAUUUCAACUUGGUUAGGAAAAUUCUAACAGAUGGGAGAGUCCGUACGGUUGUGCGACUAAAUGCAACUCGAGUAUCGUAUCGCUACCAUAUGGCUUUGAGUCCCCUCGAUGGAACAUUAUACAUUUCCGAUCCUGAGUCCCACCAAAUCAUCCGAGUUCGAAACACUGAAGAUUAUAGUGACCCUGACCACAAUUGGGAAACCGUUGUUGGGUCAGGCGAACGGUGUUUACCAGGAGACGAGGCCCAUUGUGGCGAUGGUGCUUUAGCCAGAGAUGCGAAGUUGGCCUACCCGAAAGGAGUUGCAGUUUCGAAUGACAAUGUUUUAUAUUUCGCCGAUGGUACUAAUAUUCGUAUGGUGGACCGCGAUGGGAUUGUUACUACAGUCAUUGGCAAUCAUAUGCACAAGUCGCAUUGGAAACCUUUGCCAUGUGAAGGGACUUUAACCCUCGAAGAAGUUCACUUGCGGUGGCCUACAGAGCUUGCGAUUAACCCUUUAGAUAACACUUUGCACAUUAUCGAUGAUCAUAUGAUCCUCCAGUUGACUUUGGACGGGCGAGUUAAAGUUGUGGCCGGCCGUCCUCUGCAUUGUGCAUCUCCUGCCAGUGGUUACGACAUCGAAUUAGCAACGCACGCUACUCUAGUAAUGCCGCAAAGUUUAGCUUUCAGUUCCGCUGGAGAUUUAUACAUUGCUGAAAGCGAUUCUCAGAGAAUUAAUCGUAUUCGAGUGAUCGGUACUGAUGGUAAAAUUGGUCCUUAUGCUGGAGCCGAGUCUAAAUGUAAUUGUCUUGAACGAGGAUGCGAUUGUUUCGAAGCCGAGCACUACUUAGCAUCAAACUCUAAAUUUAAUACAAUUUCAGCAGUUACUGUUAGUCCUGAUGGCCAUGUACACAUUGGUGAUCAAGCCAAUUACAGAAUACGAUCUGUGAUGGCCAGCAUCCCCGAUGCGAGCAUUUCACGAGAAUACGAAAUCUACUCACCAGAAACCCAAGAAAUUUAUAUUUUCAAUAGAUUCGGCCAACAUAUUGCGACCAAGAAUAUUUUAACCGGCGAAACCAGUUAUGUGUUUACUUACAACGUUAAUACCAGUAAUGGGAAAUUAAGCACGGUAACCGACGCGGCCGGCAAUAAAGUCUUCUUAUUGCGCGACUACUCCAGUCAAGUUAACUCAAUCGAAAACACUAAAGGCCAAAAAUGUAGACUGAGGAUGUCUCGAAUGCGAAUGUUGCACGAACUGAGCACUCCUGAUAAUUACAACGUCACUUUUGACUAUCACGGCCCCACCGGUUUGCUCAAAACAAAAUUAGACAGCAGUGGAAGAAGUUACGUUUACAAUUACGACGAGUUCGGAAGACUGACAUCAGCCGUGACACCGACAGGAAAAGUGAUAAGCUUGUCGUUUGACCUGAGUUUGAAAGGAGCCACCGUGAAAGUGGGUCAAAACAAUAAGAAACCUAUCUCAAUGCUGAUCAAAGGCUCGAGCGUUUCCACCAAAAUUGGCGACGCCGACAACAAAAUCAUUCUUUUGGCCGACGGGAGCGUCGCUAGCAACUCUCCCUGGUCGCACAGCGUGACCACCGACACGGUGCCUUACAACAUCCUUGCCGACAAAGAACCCCUCCUCGGGGAGAGCUACCCCGUGCCGGCAAAACAACGCACCGAAAUCGGGGGCGACCUCGCCAACAGAUUCGAGUGGCGAUACUUCGUCAGACCUAAUCAAAAUAAGGGUAAAACUCCCAAAACUGUAUCUAAAGUCGGCCGCAAGUUGCGCGUAAAUGGAGAAAACUUGCUCACAUUAGAAUACGACAGGGACACCGCCUCGAUUUCCGUUUUCAUGGACGAUAAAGUUGAACUUCUCAACGUGACUUACGAUCGAUCGGCACGACCGGUCAAGUGGGGACCCAGGAAUGGAAUUUUCGCCGAAGUUGAGCUCGAAUACGACAGAUUCAGUAGACUCAGCAACUGGAAAUGGGGAGAUUUGAGCGAAACUUAUGGAUUUGACCGCGCGGGGAGACUUUUCGAAAUUAAAUAUGGCGACGGAUCGUCACUUGUGUACGCCUUCAAAGACAUGUUUAGUAGUUUGCCGCUCAAAGUGACCACCCCCAGAGGCUCCGAUUAUCUCCUACAAUACGAUGAGUCCGGAGCUUUACAGUCCUUGACCACACCAAGGGGACACAUUCAUACAUUCUCGCUUCAAACAUCGCUCGGUUUCUUCAAAUAUCAAUACUUUUCACCAAUGAAUCGUCACCCGUAUGAGAUAAUUUACAAUGAUGAUGGUCAAAUUUUGGCCAAAGUGUACCCCCAUCAAUCAGGUCGCGUAUCUUACGUUUACGACGCGUCAGGCAAACUUGAGACAAGUCUAGCAGGGAUGAGUUCCACUCAAUAUGUCUAUCACGAAACUUCCAGUCUUGUCAAAAGUAUCGAAAUCAUCGAACCGAAUUUCGAACUGAAGCAAGAAUUUAAAUAUCACGCUGGAAUUCUCAAAGACGAGAAGCUCAAAUUUAGCAGCAAAAGUGGCCUUGAUAAUGCUCACUAUAAAUACCAAUACGACGGGAAUGCCCGAUUAUCUGGCAUAGAUGUUGAUAUUAACGGCAAAGAGUUGCCGCAACUAAGAGUGAAAUAUAACCAAAACCUCGGCAUCCUUGAAGGAAUAAGCGAUUUGCGAGUGUAUCGAAAUACGUUCAAUAGAUCCGUCAUGCAAGACACGAGUAAACAGUUCUUUACAAUAACGGAUUAUGACGAGCACGGCCGCAUCAAAUCAAUUCUUAUCAAUAUAAAAUCGCUGGACGUGUUCCGACUCGAAGUCGAAUAUGACACUCGGAAUAGAAUCAAAGUUCAGAAACUUCUAGUCGGUCGAGAUCAAUUCUUGGACCGCAUUUCGUACAAUACAGACGGUCAUGUCCUUCAAGUCGUGGGUACAAAUGACUGGCAGUACAUUUAUGACGAGAACGGAAAUAUUAUCGGCGUGAUCAAAGGACGAGAAAAAAUCUCUUUGGGUUAUGACAGCGGUGACAGAGUUGUACAAUACGGAGAUGUCGAGUUCAAUAGUUACGAUAACCGAGGUUUUGUGGUUCGAAGAGGAGAGCAGAAGUAUAGAUAUAAUUCGAGAGGUCUUCUAAUUCAUGCUUUCGAACGCGACAAAUUCCAAACUUGGUAUUAUUACGAUGACAGAGGCCGUUUGAUUUCAUGGAAUGAUGAUAAGGGCAAUGUCACUCAGUAUCUCUAUUCGAAUCCGAGUACUCCGGAUUUGGUUACACAUUUACAUUUCCCGAAGACCGGUCGUACUUUCCGUUUCUUGUACGACUCUCGGAAUGUCCUAAUAACAGUGGAGAUUUCAGAGCAACGAUUUUACGUUGCUACGGAUCAAAAUGGGUCUCCGUUAGGUCUGUUCGAUAUUAAUGCAAAUUUGAUUAAAGAAAUCCGAAGAACACCUUUUGGAAGUAUCACACUAGACACGAAUCCAGAUUUCUACCUACCGGUGGACUUCCAUGGAGGAAUUCUUGAUCCCAAUACCAAACUAGUUUAUAUUAAUAAGAGAUUAUACGACCCGGUCGUAGGUCAAUGGAUGACUCCAGCAUGGGAACAAUUGGCAACGAAACUAACAACCCCAACUGAUGUAUUCAUUUACCGUUUCAAUAAUAACGACCCGAUUAACUCGAAAACAACUAUCGAUUAUAUGACGAAUUUAAACAGCUGGUUGAAACUUUACGGUUACGACAUGAGAAACAUGUUAGGCUCUGAAUACAUCAGUCGAAUGGUUUAUCGACCUCAAGCGACUAUAACUUCACCUCAACUAGCCCCUGAUUUCGGAGUAAUCUCCGGCUUGCAAUGCAUUGUCGAAAAGGUCAAUGAAAAAUUCACGGAUCUUGGUUUCGUACCCAAACCAUUGCUCAAAAUGGAGCCAAAAACACGGAACCUCCUUCCCCGGGUGGCUUACCGUCGCUCCGUCUUCGGAGAGGGCGUUUUGAUUUCCCGAGCCGGCACCAGAGCCCUAGUUAGUGUCGUCGAAGGCGUCAACGGCGUUGUUCAAGACGUGGUGACUUCAGUCUUUAACAACUCCUUCUUCCUCAACCUCCACUUCAGCAUCCAUGACCAGGAUGUGUUCUAUUUCGUUAAAGACAAUGUGCUUAAAAUACGUGACGAUUUAGAGGAAUUGCGUCGUUUGGGCGGGAUGUUCAACGUUUCGACGCAUGAAAUCACCGAUCAUGGGGCAACCACGAUCAAAGAACUCCGACUUCACAAUCCUGACGCCGUUGUGAUAAUCAAGUAUGGCGCCGAUCCUGAGCAAGAGACGCACAAGAUCCUGAGACACGCUCAUAAGAGGGCCGUGGAGAGAGCGUGGGAGUUGGAGAAGCAGUUAGUGGCGGCCGGGUUCCAGGGCCGCGGGGACUGGACCGAGGAGGAGAAGGAAGAGUUGAUCUCGCAUGGGGAUGUGGAUGGGUAUGAGGGAGUGGAUAUUCAUAGUAUACACAAGUAUCCGCAACUGGCGGAUGAUCCUGGGAACGUGGCGUUCCAGAGGGAUACGAAGCGAAAGAGGAGGAAGAGUGGAUCGAGGAGAGGGAGAUUGCAUCGGCACGAAUCGUGAUUUAAAUAAACUGUGGUGAUAUUAAGUAAUUCAACAGCAGAAAUAUUUUUAUGUGCCAUAAGUCAACAUCAAAUCAAAUCCUAGUCGUUCUUAAAUAAAUGAAAAGAAAGUACAUAACUAAUUUAUAGGAACAAAUUACUAUUUUUAAUAAAUUCGUGGCGAUAAUAUUUUGAUAAUCAUAAAAAGUAAAGUGAAUAAGCCAUGAACUGUCCAAGUUAUUACGAAACUGUGUUGUGUACAAGCAAUCAAAAGGCCUAUUUGAUAACGAAUGACAAGUUUCCUACAGGGUAGCCGAGUCGCCACUCUUGCGGAUAUCUAUAAAGACUCUUGCACAUAGAUCUACCUAGUUAAGGCAACACUAAGGACUGUACAUAUAUCAGAAGCUUUUUAUAUGGAAAAAUUAUAGUGACUCGCUAAGAUAUGAGUAACGAAAUGAUUUUUGUGCUGCAGUUUCUUAUGAUGAUUUUACGUUAUUUAAUCAUCGAUCGUAGUAAUUGACUGAACUGUAUUUAAUGAUCCAUUGAACAUAAAUCUAGCAGAACAUAGUCCAUAGAUGUACAUAUUUAUAUCGUUUUAUUAAGUUUUACAAUUCUAUCCUCGGUGCUUGUCUCCACUCUACCUAUAUCUAAAAUUAGAUCUGGGCCGCAAUUUAAAACAGGUCCAUUAAUCAUUAGAAUAGCGUACUGUCGGUAUCCAUAAACAUAUGCAUACAUAGAAUCUGUAACUUACUGCCAAUAUUAUUCACGUUUUCGUUUUUAAUUUCUUUGUUGUUCGCCAUAGUUACGUAUAUACUGUAAUGAUUGUAAUAGGUACAGCUGUUGUAAUGAUAAAUGAACUCUCUUUGAUUAUUUGAUUAUUGUAUCCACAUUGUCAUAGUUUAGAUGUACAACGUUUCUUUUAUUUUUCACUUUUUAUUUGGGAUGAAAAACUGUCGAGAGGUGAUUAGUAAAGGGGCAUUUCGCUGCCAAAAGUGGAUAAGUGAUAUAUUUUCUAAUGUGACUAAAAAAGAAAGCAAUACUUUGUAUCUCAUAUACGUCUUAAUUACUAUUAAUUACAUUAUGUGCAAUUGUUGUGUGGCUGCAGAUGCAGCCGGCACUAGUAUGCAUUAAAGAUAUUGACCAUAAUCGUGACUAUUGACUAACAUUUUAUGUGUGUAUAUAAAUUAUUGUGUAUAUUGUUUUGAUAUGUAAAUAUAUUUUGUUCUAUUCAGUAA